ACCCGGAAGCUCUUCCACCGCCAACCGCGAGGCUGCCAAGGGUGUGAACCCGGAAGCGAUUUCCUAGCCACGGUAGCGGCGGGGUGGAAAGCUAAGGCCUUUGAAGACCUGGGACCCCAUAGUUUCGGGAGAGGGUGAGGGGUGAAUGGUGCUGAGGUGCGAGGAGAGGGAAGGACAGUAAAGAGCAGGAAGCUGGGUCGGGAUGCUGUGCCUGGGAGGAGGGAAGGAGGAAUGAGAAGGCGGUGACGGUCCCUGCCCCCCUUCGCCAGGUGACCGUCCCACCCUUUUAGUUGAAUGUAGCGGCCAGAGAGGCACUCGCGGCAGCCCAUACGGGUGGGACCUCUCGGUGUCCUUCGGGAAACAGGAGGAGCAAGUUCGACUCCAGCGAGGGAAAACAGAGGUGGGAGACUGAACUAUCUCCACAUCUAGUUGCCCCAGCCUCACCAGAAGUCUUUCAUCUCGCUGGUCUAACUCAGGAUCUCAGCCUCAUUAUUUUCUUACUCUUCUGGAGUGCUUACGUGCCUUUACAGUUUCUGUUUGCAAACGCUGUCUAGCAUACUAAGAGGAUGUUAGCAAACCUGUUCCAUGGACACUAAAUGGCAGUUGUACAUCUCCCCUCAUCAGUCAUAGUGACAACCAGAAAUGCCCUCCAUAUUUUCCAGUGAUCCCAGUCUUCAAUGCAUCUAUCUCAUAAUUUGUAAAGGUUUAUUAUCUUGAAGUCAUUGUUAAUCUGUGGUGAAAAGUUAUUGCUAAAUAGAAAGUCUGAGAAGAAAAAGGCCUCAUCCUUUUCACAUGAUGUAGGAAGGUCUGUUGCAUGAGCAAUGGGAAAUCCAGAAAACAUAGAAGAUGCAUAUGUUGCUGUUAUUCGUCCAAAGAAUACUGCCAGUCUCAAUUCUCGGGAAUACAGAGCUAAGUCAUAUGAAAUUUUGUUGCAUGAAGUUCCCAUUGAAGGACAGAAAAAAAAGAGAAAGAAAGUUUUAUUGGAAACGAAACUUCAAGGCAACAGUGAAAUAACACAAGGCAUAUUGGAUUACGUAGUAGAAACCACCAAACCAAUUUCUCCUGCAAACCAGGGUAUCAGAGGAAAACGAGUUGUACUAAUGAAAAAAUUUCCUCUGGAUGGAGAGAAGAUGGGCAGAGAAGCGUCAUUAUUUAUUGUUCCAUCAGUUGUCAAAGAUAAUACUAAAUACACAUAUACCCCAGGAUGCCCAAUUUUUUACUGCUUACAAGAUAUUAUGCGAGUCUGUAGUGAAUCCAGUACUCACUUUGCUACACUUACAGCAAGGAUGUUAAUAGCCUUGGAUAAGUGGUUAGAUGAACGUCAUGCACAAUCUCACUUUAUUCCAGCUUUGUUCCGACCUUCUCCUCUUGAGCGGAUAAAAACUAAUGUCAUAAAUCCUGCAUAUGCUACUGAAUCAGGUCAGACAGAAAACUCACUACAUAUGGGCUAUAGUGCACUAGAAAUAAAGAGUAAGAUGUUAGCCCUAGAGAAAGCAGAUACCUGUAUUUACAACCCUUUGUUUGGAUCAGAUCUUCAAUAUACAAAUCGGGUAGAUAAAGUGGUAAUAAAUCCAUACUUUGGUCUAGGAGCUCCAGACUACUCAAAAAUCCAAAUACCUAAACAGGAAAAAUGGCAGAGAAGCAUGAGCAGUGUCACAGAAGACAAGGAACGACAGUGGGUAGAUGAUUUUCCUCUCCACCGAAGCGCCUGUGAAGGAGAUUCAGAAUUACUAAGCCGUCUUCUCAGUGAAAGAUUUUCAGUCAACCAAUUAGAUAGUGACCACUGGGCACCCAUUCAUUAUGCAUGCUGGUAUGGAAAAGUUGAGGCCACUCGCAUAUUGUUAGAGAAAGGAAAGUGCAAUCCAAACCUUUUAAAUGGACAACUUAGUUCUCCUCUUCAUUUUGCUGCUGGAGGAGGACAUGCUGAAAUAGUACAGAUUCUCCUAAACCAUCCAGAAAUUGAUAGACAUAUAACAGACCAACAAGGAAGAUCUCCAUUAAAUAUUUGUGAAGAAAACAAACAAAACAACUGGGAAGAAGCUGCAAAAUUGUUGAAGGAAGCCAUUAACAAACCAUAUGAAAAAGUUCGAAUAUACAGAAUGGAUGGGUCAUAUCGUUCUGUUGAAUUGAAGCAUGGAAAUAAUACCACAGUGCAGCAGAUAAUGGAAGGAAUGCGUCUCUCUCAAGAAACUCAGCAAUAUUUCACUAUAUGGAUUUGUUCAGAAAACCUCAGCCUUCAACUCAAACCAUAUCAUAAACCCUUGCAACAUGUUCGUGACUGGCCAGAAAUACUUGCUGAAUUGACUAAUCUGGAUCCUCAAAGGGAAACACCUCAGCUUUUUCUAAGAAGAGAUGUGAGACUUCCUUUGGAAGUUGAAAAACAGAUUGAAGACCCACUAGCUAUUCUUAUUCUCUUUGAUGAAGCCAGAUAUAAUUUAUUGAAGGGCUUUUAUACAGCUCCUGAUGCUAAGCUGAUAACAUUGGCAAGUCUGCUUUUGCAAAUAGUCUAUGGAAAUUAUGAGAGUAAAAAACACAAGCAAGGUUUCCUAAAUGAAGAAAAUCUAAAAUCCAUCGUACCUAUUACCAAACUGAAAAGUAAGGCACCUCACUGGACAAAUCGCAUACUUCAUGAAUACAAGAAUCUCAGUACAAGUGAAGGUGUCAGUAAAGAAAUGCAUCACCUUCAGCGCAUGUUCUUACAGAAUUGCUGGGAAAUUCCUACUUAUGGAGCAGCAUUUUUCACAGGACAGAUAUUUACAAAGGCAAGCCCCAGCAAUCAUAAAGUCAUCCCUGUGUAUGUAGGAGUGAAUAUAAAAGGACUUCAUCUCCUCAACAUGGAAACUAAGGCUUUACUCAUCAGUCUUAAGUAUGGUUGUUUUAUGUGGCAAUUGGGAGAUACUGAUACUUGUUUUCAGAUCCAUAGCAUGGAAAAUAAAAUGAGCUUUAUAGUACAUACAAAACAGGCUGGUCUCGUGGUAAAACUGUUAAUGAAACUAAAUGGACAGUUAAUGCCUACUGAAAGAAAUUCAUGAAAGAAAAGUAACUGUUACUCAAGCCACCACAUUCUGUAAUGCAGAGUUUUUUUUCCAUGAAAGAUUUCUUAAAAUACUACUUUUGGCCGAGCAUGGUGGCUCACCCCUGUAAUCCCAGCACUUUGGGAGGCCGGGGCAGGCGGAUCACCUGAAGUCAGGAGUUCAAGACCAGCCUGGCCAACAUGAUGAAACCCUGUCUCUACAAAAAUACAAAAAUUAGCUCGGCAUGGUGGCGGGCACCUAUAAUCCUAGCUACUAGGGAGGCCGAGGUGGGAGAUCGCUUAAACCCAGGAGGUGAAGGUUGUAGUGAGCCAAGAUUGCACUGCGGCACUCUAGCCUGGGUGACAGAGCAAGACUCCAUCUCAAAAAAAAAAAAAAAAAUUACUUUCAACAAGGCAUUUAGUCUCUUGUAAUAUAUAUGUAUACUAUUACAUUGUACAGAAUCUGUACUUAUGUUUGGUGUGUAAUAUACCAAUUAGUUUUAUAUAAUAUUCUCAUAAGCUAUUCUAAUUUUUGAGAGAAACACGAAAAGUUAUAGAUUGAUAGUCUGUAUAAUAUUAGACAAAAUAGUAAGCUUUAUACAAAGUUAUUUUUGGUAAAUGGUAAAGAAUUUGGGGUGGAAUGUGAUGAGAUUAAAAUGUAGCUUUGGUAUAACUUCAUGUGUAUUUCAAAAUAUACUGAAUGUCAACGUGAUUUGAAUAAAGAAAAUGUGUUUUCUACUUGAA